GGUCAAGGUUGUGUAGCCAUCUGUGUUUUGUAUGAACUCAGAGGAAUAUGGACAUCUUGAAAGCAGAAAUAGCAAGAAAGAGAAAACAACUGGAGCAAUGUGAAGUGGUGGCUCCUGACAAAAAGUUUUUCAAACGAGGGGAUCUGGCUAAGAAACAGGAAGAAGAAUAUUGGAAAAAGCAACAAAGGUUCAUCUAUGACCCUGCAUCACCAAGUACUAGCAGCAAAGAAGAGGCGGCCACAGAGAAACAAGCAGCAGAAAAUCUGAAGAAAGAGGAAGAGGAGAAAUUUGCUCAACUGCCUCGAAAAGAGGUUAUCAGGCGGCUACGAGAGAGGAAUGAACCAAUCCGGCUGUUUGCAGAAUCAGACUUUGAAGCAUACAUUCGUUUAAAGAAACUGGAGGCUUUAGAACCUGAAGUUAAUAAGGGUUUUGAAAAUGAUUUUCAAGCUGCAAUGGAGAAAGUUGACAAGGAAUAUCUGAAUGAUCUUUUAAACUCUGGAGGAGAAAGUGAUGGGAAUUCUAAUGAUGUCUCGGUUAAGGAUGAUGGCACUACAGAGGAAGAUAUGAAAAAAAUGAGGGAUGAACUUGGUCAAGGGGACACAGAUAAAGAUCAGGAGACCAUUUUGAGAUACUUAAAGGUUAGUUUUAUUGAACGUUGGGGAGAAACCUUAAAUGCAAGGAAUGAGGAAUACAAGCGGAGCAUCAAAGGGAAGAUGGCUAGUGCCACUCAUACUCAGACUGUAGCAUACAUGAAGCCUCUCUUCAGACACCUCAAGCAAAAGGUAUUUAAAUGUGUAAAAGUUGAGGUGGACAUUUUGGAAAGCAUGGUUGAAAUCACGCGUUAUAUGAUGGACAGAAAUUACCUGAAGGUCUGCUAUGAUGUUUACUUAGAAAUGGCUAUAGGAAAUGCUCCUUGGCCUAUUGGUGUUACCAUGGUUGGUAUUCACGCUCGAACAGGGCGAGAAAAGAUUUCCUCCAGAUAUGUGGCCCAUGUCUUGAACGACGAAACUCAGAGGAAAUAUAUACAGGGCUUAAAGAGGCUUAUGACACAGUGUCAAAAAAUGUUCCCAACAGAUCCCUCCCACAGUGUCAACUAUGAGAAAGAUUGAGCUGGCCUCCUAUUCCACUAGAUGUGAAUGGCGCAUGGAAAAGAGUGACUGUGGUGUGUGAAAAAGCUAGACCUGCAAUGUUUUUAUUAUGGUGAGGUGUGGACAUGGUCAGAAAGUAUUCUUGCCAGUAGGAGCAAUCCAUUUAUAGUUUGUUAACUUCUUGACAUUUAGUCUCUCUGCUGUACCACGUAACCUCUACUUGUAAUAAUAGAGCAUUAUAUACGAAACUCGGCAGCAGCAUGUUCUCUGUGUAUCCCCACAAGAGCCUAGUAGUGUCACUUCUGACCAAUGUCUUUUCAUGAUGAUCUGCUAGGCUUAACAUGUCCUCCCUAUCAUGUGGAUGCAGUACUGCUGAUGUUGCAUUAAAUCAUUAUCAGUCAUUGAUUUUAGCCUUUAUGUGAUGAUAAAACGUGACAUGUCUUUGUUACAAUGGAUUGGUAUGUCUGUAAAUGGCAGUGGUAUGUCCAUAAAUGGUAGUGUCAUGAUAUUGUCACAUAAGAAUCAUGCAUCAUGUAAGUUAUUUAUUUCCACUGACUGAAGGUGAAGGUGUUACAAUUUCCAAAGAGGAAAUUGUGUUUUCAGUUUGUGCUUUCCUUUCACGGUAUUCUGCUGAGGUAAAGCACAAACAGCCGCUGUCAUAAGCUAUUAUACCACAAGCCUGUGUACAUGUACUGUUCUCCUCUGUUACAGUAGGAAAGGAAAGACAUCUUUCCUUGUUGAUUGCUCGUCUUUCUCUGAGGAAUAAAUUUAGGUGGGCUUAAAGCUAGCCUGAACGUUGAUUUAGCCUUAAACCAUAGUCAGUGUCAUAAGGUAUACCCUGUGGCUGCAGAGCCAUGGUGAGUCAUGCUCCUUUGUGCAUGAGUACACGAGUCAACAUUUUAAAGAAAAUAUCAAAUUGUCAGUGUAUUAUUGCAAUCGUUUUUUCUGCGUAUGUUUUUGUGUACAUUUAUAAACGACUAUACUCCAUUUUGUACCUGUGGAUGUUGGAAACUGGCGGUAGAAUUAUCUAUGUGAGAACAUUGGUUGAAUGGAUAGGGUUUAGUAAAUAACACAUUCAGACCUUCAUCAUGAAAACUACAGGCUUAUAUUUUACCUUUUUGUAACAUCUCAACAAAACUACUCUUUCAGAUAUUUACAUUAUAGCAGGAUGUCAAUUUAUGUUGUAAAUAUGUAAAUAACAAAUGUCACCAGAACAAAUAGUUGUGGUACCUAGUAUGAUGUUUUCCCAACACUGUUGUAUUGAGGCAUCUAAUAUUGAGUACAUUUGGCAGUAGGAGUAAAUAUAUCUUGGUCAUUGUGAAUUUAUUGUUUGACGGAUGAGAAUGAUGAAUGCAGCAACAGGGUUUGAGAAACUUGUAGGGUGCGGUGCUGCACUUCAUUGAUUCGCCCUCAACAAUAUACAGCUCACACGUAGCCCGUCGUGCU